UUGCAGGUUAAACAUUUUUUUCGAGAUGAAUAUAUAACCUUGUACAAAAUACCAUAUUAAAAGGUACUGCAUGAUUUUAAAGUGUUUUGCAGGACAUAAGAGCAUAAAUUUAGUAGAUAAAGUGACGGUCUCUGUAAAAAACGCUUUUUUUUUCAGCAUCGCGUCAUUUUACAUCAUGACAGGGAAACUUUUUUGCGCGCUCUACGUUGACUCAGUGCAGAUUAGGUUGGUAUUGAAUAGGAUCGGUCGCGAGUUAGUGUGUUUUCGGUAGUUUUCUCAUCAAAAUUGUAUUCAGUUUAUCGUCAUGGUAAAUUAUUGUGUUUGUGGGGGUUGCACAAACUCCAACCUGUCAGGACAUCGAGUCCACAGGUUUCCAAACAAGAAAAAAGACGGUGCUAUCUUCCGUGCCUGGGUGCGUUUUGUGCAGGUGAAGAGACGGGAUUUCACUUCUGCCUCUGCCUCAAAAAACGCGGUGGUGUGUAGCAUUCAUUUUACACCGGAGGAUUAUAAUCCCGGUGAUAUGAUGGAGGUCAACAUGGGAUACCGAAGCAAGAACCAAGUGAGACUCAUAGCUGGUGCGGUUCCUUCGGUGCACGCAGCAUCUUCAUCGGCCGCCGGCGGGAUCCGUCACGGAUCCGUCAGAGAUGCAGCUCGACGAAAACGUGAACUGUGCACCGAUUUGGGAGACAUUGCAAGCAAUGAAAGGGAAGCUGCUUCUUCAGCCAGUGCUACAGUGUUUGAUGACCCAGAGCAAGAGGCUUUCCCCUCACUAGCUCCUCAAUCAUCUGUGCUUCACUUUGGCUCACAGUGUAACCUUAGACCUUCACAUCGUUCAUCAGCUGUCCAGGCACAGCCCAAGAUGGUCAGUGUGGGGGACUCAGACCGAAAAGUGCAUGAAACAAACAUCAACUCCGCUGCCCAGUCCUGUGCACAGCGAUGAUGAUGAAUCCUCUGUUUUCAUGGAUGAACCUGGUGAUGUGUCAUGGAUCCCAGAGGAAAUGAGAAGUGACUCAUCUGAUGAGGAACCACUACAGGAAUCUUACCCUGAAUUCAAUGCUGCUGACAAGUUCAUUGUGUGCCGAAGCCAGCUGAUGUCUCUCUUUACAAAAUGCCCAGCCUGUCAUGGGGAAACCCAAGGAAAUUUUGAGAAGCAGGAGGGAACUUUUGUAAAAAUAAAGCAAGUCUGUGAAGCAUGUGGGUAUCAGCGAUUUUGGCAGAACCAGCCAAUACUGCAUCGAAAUAUGCCAGCCUGCAACCUCUUACUGAGUGGGGCCAUCCACUUUUCAGGUUGCAUGGCUACCCAGACCAUCAGGAUGUUGAAGCUGUUUGGGCUUCAGAGCAUCAGUGUCGGCACCUUCUUCCGCCAUCAGCGCUUGUACACAAUUCCUACCAUCGUGCAGGCAUGGCAGAAUGAGCAGGCAGCGGUCAUUAGAGAUCUGCAUGAGAUGAGGGGUGGAUUGAUCCUGUCUGGUGACUGCAGGUCAGAUUCUCCUGGCCAUUGUGCAAAAUAUGGCACAUACUCCUUGAUUGAGGACAGAAUCAACAAGGUAUUAGAUCUUCAACUUGUCCAGAGCUCAGAGGUCCCAAGUAGCUCCUGGUGUGAGUUAGAGGGUCUAAAGCGAAGCAUAAGGUUUCUGACUGAGCAACAAUUGCAAGUGUCAGCCCUCAUCACAGACAGAAAUCGCCAGGUUGCCAAGUGGGUGCGGGAGGAGUUGCGUCCAAAAGGAACAAGCCAUUUUUUUUGACAUCUGGCAUAUUGGCAAAAGUCUAGGGAAAGCUUUGGAUGCUGCUGCAAAGGAGAGGGAUUGCGAAGAUCUGAAGCUGUGGAGGCCAGCAGUUAUUAAUCACCUCUACUGGACUGCAGCUUCCACUCCUAAUGGAGAUGCAGAUGUGAUGGAGGCCAA